CCGCGCCUCCCACGCCGAGCUGGCCCGCCGGGGCGCCCGCGCAGGAGAGCUGGGCUGGCCGGCGCUGCCCGCGCCCGUGCUGACCUCGCCGGGCGCGGGCGCGGCCGCGCAGGCGUCGGCCUGCGAGAGGCUGGAGCAGCUCGAGGGGGAACUCGCGGGGUCGCUGGAGAAGCAGCGCGCACAGGGGCAGCGCCUCGAGGGGGAGCUCGCGGCGCUGUCGGAGCGGCACCGCGCACAGGAGGAGCGGCUCGAGCACGCCCUCGAGGCGUCGUCGGAGAGGCACCGCCUGCAGGAGGAGGCCGCGCUGCAGCAGGAGCGGCUCGAGCGGGAGCUCGCGGCGGUGCCAGAGAGGCACCGCGCGCAGGAGGAGCGGCUCGAGAGGGCCCUCGCCGCGGCGUCGGACCGGCAGCGCGCGCAGGAGGAGCGGCUCGAGAGGGCGCUCGCGGCGUCGUCGGAGAGGCACCGCCUCCAGAGAGGAGGGCGCGCGGCGACUCGCUGGCGAGGUGCGCGCUGCGGCGGAGAAGGGCGACGAGCUGGAGAUGGCGGCCAAGAUGCAGGGGCGCCUCCAGCGCCUCGAGGAGGAGCUGGGGCAGUCCCUGGAGCGCCUGCGGGCCGAGCUGCAGGCGGCCGCCGCGCGCGGGAGAGCGACGAGCAGCAGCCGCUCCCGGCCGACCUCCGCGCCCGCGUCGAGCGCUUGGAGAGGGCGUCGGCGUCGCCCUCCUCCCUCGAGAGGCUCCCCGCCGGCGCCGAGGCCUCCUCGCCGCGGCCGCUGGCGCUGGGCAGGGUGGAGCGCAUGGAGAGGGAGCUGGCGGCGCUCGCGCGCGAGCUGGCCGCGCUGGCGCAGCGGGCUCCCUGGAGGAAUGGGACCGCCCCGGAUGACUCGCCCGCCAUCGCCUCCGCCAGCGAGCAGCGCCUGGCGGACCGCCUGGAGCGCGAGCUCGCCUCGGCGGCCGAGCGGGCCAGGGCCAGCGAGGAGGCCGAGGUCCGCUCCCUGGCGGGGCGCGUGGCCGGCAUGGCGGAGAGCGUCGUGCGCCAGGGGCGCAAUCAGCGCGGCUGGCCCGUCCACAUGGCGCGCCCCGCGGCCAGAGCGCGGCUCCCCGGCAGCGCCCCUCAGGGCGGCCGCUCGGGGUCGAGCGAGCGCUGGCGGUCGACCGUGGCGAGGGCGCAGGCGGGGGCCAACCUCGACCUGAGCUCGAUCGAGCGCGCCCAGCAGCGCGAGCUGUGCUUCCGGAAGUGCAAGGCGGCGAAGGGGAUGGCGUUCCGCACUCGGGCCUUGGUUGCGGAGACGUUGCUGCAGAUGGCUCAGGCCACCGCCGGCAGUGACCACCAGGCUGCGCGCGACCGGUGUGCGAAGGCGGCGGCGGCCUCCAGGAAGCGGCACGACCGCCGCCACGAGCUGCUGGAGAAGGUGCAGCAGACCUGCAGGCGCAGCCUCGGUGCGGGUCACUCUGUGGAGAGGGGCCGCAGCCCGAGCCCAUGCUCCCUGCACUCGGAGCCCCUCCUGCGGGGGGACACGAGCUCCGACGAGAGCGCCAUCCGAGAGGCAGGGGCUCUCGUCGGCGCCAGCAACGUCGGCCUGAUGUGGAACUUUGGCCGCGCGGCACCCCAGAGCGACAGCGACAGCGACGGCAGCUCCUACUUCCCGCGCUACCAGGGCGGCCGCGGGGCGGCGGCCGCCCGCGGCGGUGGCGGCCCCACGUCGGUGGACGCGCUGCUGAGGACGCUCAAGGCCGAGCCCGCGGACGACGUGGAGCGCGCUGCGAAGUUUGGCUUGUACGAGGCGUACUUUGCGGAGGUCGAGACCAUACGGGGGAUCUUGGUCAAGUUUCACGUGGAGAGCCGCCCGCUCCUGGACCAGCAGGUGGCCGCCUGGAUGGACCACCAGAUGCAGGAUAUUGAUAGCAGGCGGAACAUGGGCGUCUACGAGGGGCACGAGUGGCUCGUGUACCACAUGAUGCAGCAGGCUCACGUUAACAACUGCAGGAUGGCGUCCAAGCUUGACCUCUGGGAGGAGAAGAUCAUCAGCCUCUGCGCGGGCGACCAGCCGCCCUGCCCCAUCUGCCUGCAGGGCUACACCGACGACAGGCCCCCGCAGACGCUCGGGUGCUGCCACCAGUCCUGCAGGCAGUGCUGGAGCCGCUGGACCAAUCUCACGCACGGCAUGGGCAAGGCGGCAUUUUGUCCGAUCUGCCACCGCCAGGAGUUCCUGGGCUCCGUGGGCAGCCCUGCAAAGAUGGAGGCGGUCAAGGCGAUCUCGCCCCAGGUCAGGGGGCGGUCUCCACCGCCUUCCUUCGUCCGCCAGUACACGGAGUCGGCCGCACCAGCGAGCGACGUUACGGUGGAGGGACGAGCGCCACCACCACCGAGAGCUCUCUCGAAGUUGAGCCUGUGAUUGCGAAGCUCGUGCUGCAGCGGGGCGGAGCGCUGUGCCGCAGACCCUUCAGGGAAUCCCGGGGAGGGGGGG